CUUUUUGAGCAUCCUUUUUUUCUUAUUCUUUCCUCUCUUUCUCUCUCUCUUUAUUUCCAAAGCUUUACAUUUAUUCAUUCUUUUUAUUCUUUUUUUUCAAAACUCACUAUGUCUUCGACUAAUAUCCCGAGCAGCAAUAUUUCUGCUGUCUACAAUGCCAAUCUAUCCAAGUUUUCCCCUCUUUCGCCAGUAGAAAAUAUUGGAGAAGUGUUUGGCCCGCCCACAUACAUGGGCAGUUCCCUAGACCACCUCAUUAGAAGAGACGACCCGGAUUUUGCAAAUCAGAUGCCCGGCAUUGUGCUUGGAAAUAAUGAUAAUGCGGAUAGUGCUGGUCAGCCGCAUUUCUAUCUGGCAUAUGAUGGUAAUGAUGCCAGUGGCAAUAAGAUACUGUGGUUCCAAGUUCAAGUUAACACGGAUGGCGACGAGGUUAUUAUGAGCCACGGAUGGCGCCCUUAAAAACAGUUUUUCACCCACCUUUUUUCAUUCGUUUAACCGCCUUGCCAAUCUCAAUCGACAAACUUUAUAUUAUAUUAUGUGUAAAUAAAAAUAUAUGUAUGUCUAAA